UUUGUCAUUGAAUAUCUCUCCCUCACGCCGCCGACGACCAGAGUACCAGACCAGCCAGCCAGCCGUUAUUCCUUGCUCUCGUCCUUUCCUCCUCGUCUUCCUCCGUACGUCUGAGCUGUGAGGUCUCUUCCAUUGCUCGCCAUUCCGAGCUUUUUCUCCACAAGAGGCCGGCGGACGUUGUAGGUCUCUGCCUGUCUGUCUGUCUGUCGGUCGGUCGGUCGGUGAGAAGCAUCCAUUAAUCAGCCGAAAGAGAUGGGGCUGGCCGGCGACAGCGGCGCCGCCGCGUUCCCCUUCUCCGCCAAGCUCUCCGCCGCCAACUCGCCGCGCUUCUGCAACCCCAUCAGCAGGAGGAUAUUUUCCGAUGUCGCUGGGGAUAUAACGAUAUCGGUGGAUGGCCAAACUUUUUUACUGCACAAGUUCCCUUUAGUCUCUCGGUGCGGAAGAAUUCGAAGAAUGGUAGCCGACACCAAGGAUCCAGAUCUCUCGAAGCUGGAGCUUGUAAAUGUACCAGGGGGAGCUUUGGCAUUUGAACUCGCUGCCAAGUUCUGUUAUGGGAGUAAUUUUGAAAUAACCACAGGCAAUGUAGCUCAUCUCCGGUGCAUCGGGGAAUAUUUGGAAAUGGGAGAGGACUACCAAGGGGAGAACCUCAUUGUUCGUACAGAGAUGUACAUGAAUGACCUUGUGGUCAAGAGCCUUGAGAAAUCCUUGGAAGUUCUCUGCGGGUGUGAGGGCUUGGAUCCAACGGUGGAGGAAGUCGGGUUUGUCGACAGGUGUGUCGAUGCGAUCGCGAUGAAUGCAAGCAAAGAGCAGCUGGUUUCAGGCUUGGCUCACUUGGAAUGUGAUGCGGGGUCUGGAAAGUUGCGGAUGCAUUGCCAGGAUUGGUGGGUUGAGGACCUUUCUGCUCUAAGAAUUGACUACUAUCAGCGAGUUAUCGCCGCAAUGAGGAGAAGUGGGGUGAGGCCAGAGAGCAUCGGCACUUCUAUUGUGCACUACGCGCAAACAGCUCUGAAGGGUAUCGAACGGCGCCAUGUAUGGGACUCCGGUCCACUUCUUGGAGACAACCAAAGAAUGAUUGUGGAAGCUCUCAUCAACCUGAUGGCAACUGAGAAGAUCACAGCAGUUACACUGUCAUUCCUGUUCGGCAUGCUGAGGAUGGCAAUAGAGGUUGAUGCAGGCCUAGAUUACAGGAUCGAGGUCGAGAAAAGGAUCGGCCUCCAUCUCGAGAUGGCGUCGCUGGAUGAUCUUCUCAUCCCCUCUUUGCAAACGAGCGACUCGAUGUUCGACGUCGACACGGUGCACCGCAUACUGGUGAACUUCUUGCAGAGGAUCGAGGAGGAUGAUUCGGGUGACUCGUCACCUUGCGGAUACGAGUCAGAUGGACUCAAGUCUCCGAGCCACAGUUCAGUGCUGAAGGUUGGACGACUGAUGGACGGUUAUCUCGCAGAAAUAGCACCGGAUCCAUAUCUGAAACUGCAGAAGUUCAUGACUCUCAUCGAAUUGUUGCCAGAUUAUGCACGCAUUGUCGACGACGGACUUUACCGAGCCAUCGACAUAUAUCUCAAGGCGCAUCCCUCUCUGACGGAGUCCGAGUGCAAGAAGCUGUGCAAGCUGAUCGACUGCCAGAAGCUGUCGCAGGACGCGUCAAGCCACGCGGCGCAGAACGACCGGCUGCCGAUGCAGAUGGCGGUGCGCGUGCUCUACUUCGAGCAGCUCCGCCUCAAGUCCUCCUUCUCCGGCGGCGGCCACUUCUCCGGCGGCGGCGGCGGGGACUUCUCCUCCUUCUCCCAUCGGAUCGCCGUACCGCCGAGCGGCAGCGGCGUGCCGAGCUCGUGCGUGUCGCCCCGCGGCGGCGACAGCUACGCGUCGCUGCGGCGGGAGAACCGGGAGCUGAAGCUGGAGGUGUCGCGGAUGCGGGUGCGGCUGACGGAGCUGGAGCGGGAGCAGGGGCUGAUGAAGCAGGGGAUGCGCGGCGGCGGCGGGGAGUACGGCGGCCGGCCGGGGGAGCACGGCCGCGCGCUGCUCGCGUCCAUCUCGAGGGGGAUCGGCCGAAUGGCCAUGUUCGGCGGGCCGGGAUCCACAGCGGACAGGAGGAGGAAGGGAUCGAGGACGGCGGCGGCGAGCUCGCAGUCGCAGUCGCAGUGGUCGGACGGGAAGAAGAGCCGGAGGAGGAAGAAGGCGUCGGUGACGUAUGCCUAGCUCAGCACUCUGUUAUUCUCAACUUUUGAAAAUCACCCGGGAAAAAGAAAGGGGAGACUAUAUAUAUAUGUAGCUUGGUAGUACUCCUGAUCGGAAUUGGAGGCACGAACAAUAAAUCUGAUAUUCCGAGAGCCGAGAGGAAAAUAACAAAUUAACGCCCUGUUUGUAGUUUCUACGGGGCGAUUUGGAUUUGGAUUUGGAUUUGGACUCGGGGACGGAUUUGCUGCAACCGCCUCUGCCGGAGGAAUUUGCCAAUAUAUAUUCUUUCGCCGAUC